AAUCGACGUUUGGGAAUUGACAUCGAUUUAGCCAGCCUGAAUCGAUUCCAGGAUCUCAGCAUGGCGGGUUCUGCUCUGCGAGUGUGCGGCAGGCUUCUGCUGCGUCGCCCUCCGGCGCUCUCGGCGGCCGCCCUGUUUGGGUCUCGUGGCCACAGUGGGGAGGCCCCGGGGCACCCCGGGGAGAACGGAGAGAGCACCCUCCCGCCGUGGGAGGAGCGCACGGGCGAGCCGCUGGACACGAAGCGCGCGCGCCUGCUGUACGAGAGCCGCAAGCGCGGCAUGCUGGAGAACUGCAUCCUGCUGAGCCUCUUCGCCAAGGAGUACCUCAACACCAUGAGUGAGAAGCAGCUGCGUUUGUACGACAAACUCAUUAACCAGCCAAGCAAUGAUUGGGAUAUAUACUACUGGGCAACAGGGGCUCGCCCGACGCCUAGCGAAUUCGACACGGAGGUGAUGCACCUCCUGCAGGAGUAUGCCAAGAACCGAAACAUGGAGCAGCGAAUCAGCCAGCCAGACCUGGAGUACCUUUUCGAGAAUAAGGCCUGAGCGUUCGAACACGCCCGCCCACUGCCAGCAAUGGUCACCGUUUCACGGCCGGUCCCGUUUACUCUUGGCAAACAGCGCUGAUGCCCCCUUCUUGUGGCCGGUCCACUUAUUACGUCACAUGAGCGAUUGUCGGCUUUGUUUUCGGGCCGCACAUAGACCUCAAGAAGUUCUGCUGCUGCCAUCUAGUGGCAACAUGCGGACAAAAAAAUAUUGCACAAUGAAUAACCAGGGUCAUACCACUUUCAUUAAUUCUGAAACGUGUUACCAAUUGACCAAUAUUAUACAGAAUUAGUUACAAAAAGUGUUUGGCCGCAGAGAAACGUGCAGUUAAAAAACAGACGCCCGGCUGUGAGCAGGGUUCAGCUGCGCCGUUCAGGAUGUGCUCCGAGAGGCGUUAAUGCUAAAACCUCACGUGGACGCGAGGCGCGAUGUCACGGCGUCUCCGGUGAGAGAUCUGUCAGCAAGGGCAAUGAUGUAAACAAUUGUCACCUUAGUCGUGUUUUUUUUCUAUUCAAGUCAGCAAUGGUUUAGUGUACUAAAAUUAUCGAGCGUGACAAUGACUACGACUACCCACCAAAGGCCAAAGCGUGACUGGCAAGAUGUCGUUAGCGAGUGUAUGAAGACGCAGACAGGUAAUUUCGGAGCGUUAUUCGACGCUCUUGCACGGAGAGCCGCGUUCUACACAGUGCAGUAUCACUACGCACUCCACAUUGUGGUUGAAGGUUUCACGGAUGUCGGUCUGUGACGCCGAGACGUACGCCGUGUCAGUUUCCGGGGUCUCGUGCCAAUGUGGUGUAAUUUUGUCGUCCGCGUUGAGCGAACUCGUGUUCUGCGUUUGGUGCGCGAUGAAAUAUUCACGAGUUAAUUUUACACUUGGCCAUUUAAUAUCAAGAAAUAAUACGACCUGACCAAUGAACAUUCGCAGCCACAAUUUGUCAAUCCACUGCAGGAUGGGAGCCUGCCCACGCUGUGUGGGAUAUUUGACCAUACUUCACCAGGCUGGUCAUAGCGGGUGGGUGAAGGUGGGGGAGUAGAUGUUGAAACGUUAUACAGUACAAUAGAUUUUGGACACCCUCACAAACGAGAUGUUCCACCUCAAGGAAAUAUCAACAAGUUCGUUAUAAACAGAUGCAAGGCAGAAUAAUGUAAAUAAAGAUAUACAUUAUGACUAACAAUAUGUUUAAAAAAACAAUCAUGAAAUAUAUCAAUAAGUACAAUAUAUGGCCUGAGCCUAUGGACGACAGUUGAUGAUUGUGAACUAUCACCAUAGUGUACAAUCACAGUUGAUUUUGGCAGUUAUUUAAAAAUAUUUUUAGUUGGAAGCUGUAGUACUUUAAUUUAUUAAGGCACUUGUAACAGUUUUGAUUUACUGUGUCAAUAUAUUUUUGGACCGUAUUUUCUGGAUUAUAAAACCCACUUUUUGCCUUCUAUUUUCAAGCAAAGGUGAAGGGUUGGUCUUAUAAUCCAGGAGGCACGUGUGCCCAUAUUAGUAUAACCUUAUGAAACUGGGCACAGGUGUGAGGGUGUCUUACGCUCUGAAGAAGAUGGCAACGCAAUGUUAUGGUUUUACAUAUCCGAAGAGAAUGUACUAGUUAUAAAACAUUAGAAAUCUAUGAAAAAAAUUUGCGGCAUUAAUUAUGAAUAUGAACAAGCUCAGUUUUAGAUGUAACUUGUAAAAUGCUUUCUUGCUGUCGAGUAUUGAAAUAGUUUCAUAGGUUAAUGGUUCAUUCAGUACUCGAACUUUAACAAUCAUCAUAACUUGUUUUAUCGGUUUCCAAGAGGAAAAUAAAAUGCACUGUGAAAUGUU